CUCUGGUCAUGCCAUUUUCCAUGUGCCUUGCUGGGGGCGAGUUUGAGCCCCACAAGCAGAGAGAGAGCAGCUAUUUUGAAAGUGACCCCUCAUUCAGGCAGCGACUCUGCAGCUGUCAGGAACUAUGACUGAAGAUGACGGAUUCUGUUGUCGUGGAGGGAUAUGCCAGACUCAGAGAUGGAAAAAAGUGGAAAACUAGGUGGCUCGUCCUUCGCAAGCCGUCGCCUGUAGCAGACUGCCUCGUGCUGCUGGUUUUUAAAGACAAGUCCGAGAAAGCACAGGGCAACAAGGAGAGAGCCAGUGUCACCUUGGAGGAGAUCUGCGGCCUGGAAGCGGGACAGUGGUAUGAAGGUGUGGCUUUUACUCUGGUCAUCCUCUGCCUGAACCAGACUGUGCUACUGGGUUUCGACAGCAGGGAGGCUCUGCAGGCGUGGGACGCCCGCCUACGAUACAGCCUCGGGGAGGUUCACAGAUUCAGUGUUGCAGUCUUACCAGGGACCAAGUUGGAGAGCGGACCUGCGGCUCUCCAUUUGUGCAACAACUUACUCGCUCUGUCGCGGGACGUCCCUCCUGUUAUCAUCGGCCACUGGAACCUUCCAGACCUGCGCAGAUAUGGACCUGUACCCAAUGGAUUUGUGUUUGAAGGAGGAACAAGAUGUGGUUACUGGGCCGGUGUUUUUCUGCUCGCAUCUGCUGAGAGCGAGCAGAUCAGCUUUCUAUUCGACUGCAUCGUCAGAGGCAUCUCCCCCACCAGAGGCCCCUUUGGACUGCGGCCAGUUUUGCCAGAUCCCAGCGCCAGUCAGACCAAUUCAGAGGAGAAGUUAAACCAUGAGGCUCAGGAGCUGGAGAAACGACUGAGCAUGCUCUCUCACAGGAGCAGCACAGUGUCGUCCACGUACUGCCCGUCUGCCGGAGGAGACGACCGCAGCAUAUCCGGUUCUUCUGACACGUCAGACACCAGCCAAUCGGACUGCAGUAUUGGCAGCCGGCUGGCCAUUUGGACCGAACCGGCCUCAGCUCCGUCUGAAAAUGUCGGCCAUGUGGCCGCUAAAGUGGCACUACAGAGCAUCGAAAAGCUCUCAGUCAGCCAGGGAGCUGGAAGUCGGCCUGCGGCCAAGCCCCCCCGUCAGCUUCAGGAAAUUGGACGUCAGAGUUCAUCUGACAGCGGCAUUGCCACCGGCAGCCAUUCCUCCUACUCUGGGAGUUUCUCCUCCUACACAGGCAGCCUGGAUAUCACCACUGGGGAAGACUUUGGGUCUGUUUUUAGCUUGCCUCCCCACUUGGCUCAAGACCUGAGCCCUUGUACUUGCCCCACUGUUUCUGGACAUGAGUACCAGGUGCCAACAUCACUUAGGUAUCUCUAUGACUCUCCUAAGAGUCUUUUACUAGAGGGAAAUGUGGGUGCCAAAGACAAUGAACCCCCCACACCAACUAAGGACACAUCUGCGCUGCCAGGUCUCACAAUAGAGUCAGCAAAGGGGGAUAAGAGCAGUGUCACGACUUGUGAGGUUCACUAUGAAAAUACUGAAAGACAAUCAUUGAGUGAACACUCACAGGGCCCUGCAGAGGAGAGUAAAAAAAACAAGGUGGUGCCCUCCAGUGAACAUCCUGACCCCUGUCACAUCUGCAGCUCCCUCACAUCUGUCUCCAAAACCAUUGUUACCAUCUGCUCAGUGUGUGGUGGAUUUAAGGGGACACCGUGCAUCGCUGCAAGUGGUUCAGUGAUAGCUGCUGUACCAGCAGAUCAAAGCGUUGACAAAUCACCAUGCAGACCUGGCACUGCCAUUGAAUACAGUAUUGCGGUGAAGAACAUUCUGGAGAAAUCCGGGGCCUCUCCUGGCUCUGGAAGCAUCCUCGGGACGAGUGAGGAUUCGCUGCUGCCAAAACGAGGAAGGGAGAAAUUAGCCAGUCUCUUAGCUGAUCUGCUCGGCUUUCCAAGUGCAGAUAGGCAGCCAGAGGCAAAGCCAAACAGACUUAACUUGUAUGAGUCAAUGAGCCCUGCUUUUGGAAAUGAGCUCAAAUCUGCACCGACUGGCACCUGUGUACCAUUACAAGAUUCACAGCAAGACAGAAGAGCUGUCAUUUAUGAAAAUUGUUUGAAGUGUCAAAGAGACCACUGCCAGCCUCCUCCCCGGGUCGUACCUGCUGAAAUGUUCCGCAACAGGAACAUUUACUCUUCGCAAACCUUUCCAUCCAGGCUGAACCUCAAGAAAAGCCAAGGACAUGAAGUAGCUGUUAAUGAAGAGCUGCUCUAUCAAGCUCACAGUGAUGGAUCACACGGCGUGGACGGGCAGUGUCAGUAUGAGGAGAUGAAUGGUUGCUCAGUGACCAGUGAAGACAAAAGGCUUAAUAGCAAAGAGGAAAGACGAAGAGCUGAUCCUGCUUAUGAGAUCAUGGAGAGUCGAGCGCCGGAGAGGAGCUCUGAGGCAGAAGAAAAAAGCAAGUAUGAGUUAAUGGGCAGCUGUGGUCAGCAGAGGUUCCUUCAAGAGACUGAAGGGGCAGUGUUUGUUUUCCCCCCUGAGGCACCACCUCCUGACAGGCCUUGCAUCGAAGGGGUGACAUACGUGAAUAUUCCUGUUAGUCCCACAUCCAAGAAGCAGCUCAACUACAUGGAGCUGGAGCUGCAGGAGCCAGGGCCUGGCCCCCGAGGGACUGUCACACAUCUACCAGCUCAGAGGAAGAGCUCCACAAAGUACGCCCAGAUUGACAUCACAGCCACAGAGACCGCCCACAAAGUCGGCACGCAGCACGCCCUGGGUCGGCAGGAGGGCCUGCACACUCUGGAGCUGAGACGAAAGGGGACGCCACAUUGACUUCAUCAUCACUGAACUGUUGAUCUCAGCCGGAGGUUUCUGCCCAAAACCGGCCCGCCACAUCAAACUGUAUGCAAGAAUUAUUGCUCUGAGGGUUUUUUUUUUUCAGUCCCGACUGUCCCAACAUCCUCUGAGACUCCUUCUCUGUUCUGUUCCAUCUUUUAAAUGCAGAUUUUUUUCUUGCUUCAGCCGGUCUGCAUAUACCCAAAUCCCAGCAAAUGUCAUCUGCCCAAUAUCUGUGUUUUUUAGAUUCAGACCUGUUAAUGUAUUCACAGAGCAACAGAAAGACGGAGACUCUUUGGAAAUGUUUGGCACAGGAUCAGGAGCAACAUUUCAAUCUUGGUCUCCUUUGUGGACUCAGGCAUCUCAUUAAAUGGCAUUAUGUCAGCACCGGAGCCUCAGGCAAACUUGGAGGAAGAUGUGCCAGUCUUCAGCUGAGUCACCAGCGCCGAUUAACCCCCCAGAGCAGAGGCAUUUCACAGCUCACUCAGGCCAUCCCUAAUAAUAUGCACAAUGAUGUUUUUGUUCUUGUUUGGGAGAGCAAGGGAGAGUGAGAGAGGGGAGGAAGCUGGAAGAUGAUGUUUAUUCACACUCACUUAUUCCUCAGUGGUCAGUAAUCAUUUAUACAGUUACGCAAAAGUCUUUUCAGUAUAAUCACAUUUAGGGAAAACUUUUCAUCCAGUCUUACUCAGAACGCUGCACAUUUCAGGCUAGUUCACUGUUAAAAGAUUUAUGUUUAUAUACCAUAUGUUAGAGCAGGCAAAUUAAUGGCUCUGCAUAAAACUUCCAUAUUGCACAUGGCGAGUUUUGUUUGCCUUGGUAUGACUAAUGGAUUUUUUUCAUGAACAGAAUCUCAAUGCUGCUAUUAUGUUUUUUGUGUCAUAUAAACUGGGAUUUACUGUGGAAAAUCUCUUCAUAAAUAAUACAAAACAGAGAUGAUGCUGAACUUUUUUGGAUCUUUUACUCAAACAACAGAUGUCUCCUAAAACUGAUUAUCUGGAUUUCAAAAUUAUGUAUUUGAAAAGUUUUUUUUUUUUUUAAUGAACUCACUGAAGAGGUUAAAAUCUCAUCCUUUUAUUAGUUUUCCUUAUUGUGUGUGCACCUAGGCAUUUUUACUGAAAGUGCAAUUAUAAAAACAAUUUGGUUUGUGUUAUGUAGAGCUGCUCAUCUUAGUCAAUAUAUUGUUUUUGUCUCAUACUCUUCACUUUAUUUUGAUAUGUCAAUACAUUUUCUUUCUAUGCAGGUGAUAUGGAUCGUAUAAUGUAUGUACAGUAAAGAUUUAAGGCAAUAUUUUUUUUCUUGUAAUACUAUGUUUCUUGUAAAUUAUUUAUAACAUUAAGUACUGCUUUGAUGUGUGUGUUGAGGUUUUCUAGCGCUGGAUUAUAUAUGGGACUUUUUCCACCAUGUACAGUUUGUUUUCAUUCAACACUAUGAUGAGGCAUUUUAAUGUUGACAAGGCAGUUAGCACUGAUCACGUUAUCACAAUGUGAUGUUUUGAACUUUUCGGCUAUGGAGUCUAUAAUCAUUUUUAAUUAUAACCGAUGUAUUUUAAAAAGCUAUUACAUAUUGAUUGUAUUGCACAUUUAAAGUUCAAAGUAAAAACAGUAAUACAAAUAUUUAAAUUUGCCAAUAAAUAACUUUCUUAUUUUGCUUUUGAAUUAUGAACCCAUAAUUGAAAAGUAUCAAAAUAAAUUUAAGAUUUAAAAUUGUUAUUCCAUUUACUUAUUUGUCUGUCUGAUGUUAGACACCCUCUGAUGGCAAUAUUAGACAUCUACAUGUGUUGACCAGCAAUAUUUAUAAAUAAAAAACAAUAUUUACUCUAUAA